AUGUAUGCCAAGCGCGCCGUCGUGCAUUGGUACGUCGGAGAGGGUAUGGAGGAGGGUGAGUUCUCAGAGGCCCGUGAGAACCUUGCGAUGCUCGAACACGACUAUGCCGCAGUUUCCGGUGAAGCGGAUGAGGAUGAGGACGAAUACUAA